CAGAACUGUGUUCUGGUCUGUUCUGCUCGACAGAGGGACUGUAGGCUAAAGUGGACAAAAUACUCUGGUUCCACUACUGUUAGUUGUGGCGUGGCUUAACCUAUCUUUGAAUGCUACAUUCAAGCCCACAGCGAAGAAAGAGCCGUUGUUUGUUCACCUUCAUCUGCGCCCUCGGACUGAGAUGAACCAAAUAUUCUGAAUAAAAUCGUAGCCAGAGACCGAGAUUGAGUAAAAGGGCUUUGCUAUGGAGAAGCCGGUUUUGCAGACACAGCCCUCCAUGCUACCAUUUUUCGACACAGCGCACGCCAUCAACCUCCUGCGGGGGAUCCAUGAGCUGCGGGCUGAGCGCAAGUUCUUUGAUGUGACGCUGUGCGCUGAGGGCAAGGAAUUCCACUGCCACCGCACUGUACUGGCUGCCGCCAGCACCUACUUUCGUGCCAUGUUUGCAGGCACCCUGCGUGAGAGCGCCAUGGACCGUGUGGUGCUGCAUGAGGUGUCAGCUGAGCUCCUGGGCCUGCUGGUGGACUUUUGCUACACCGGUCGUGUGACAGUCACUCAUGACAACGUGGACCUGCUGCUCAAGACUGCUGACCUCUUCCAGUUCCCCUCAGUCAAGGAGGCCUGCUGUGCUUUCCUGGAGCAACGACUGGAUGUCACCAACUGCUUGGAGAUCCAGGACUUUGCAGAAGCCUACGCCUGCCGAGAAUUAGCCACUAGUGCCCGCCGCUUUGUGCUGAAGAACAUUGUGGAACUAGCCAAAGGCACAGAUUUUGAGAGGUUGCCAUGGAAGCGGCUGUUGGAAUUUGUUUCAGAUGAUGGCCUGUGUGUUGACAAGGAGGAGACGGCUUACCAGAUUGCCAUACGCUGGGUUAAAGCUGACUUGCAAAGAAGGUUGCAUUACUGGCCUGAGCUGCUCCAGCAGGUGCGUCUGCCCUUUGUGCGCCGCUUCUACCUGCUGGCCCAAGUUGAAAGUGACCCACUCGUUUACUUGUCGCCUGCCUGCUUACGGCUGGUCAGCGAAGCGCGGAGCUUCCAGUCCUGCGAGUACGACCGGCACGACCGACCCUGCCACCGCAUGCGGCCACGGCCUUCAACGGGUCUGGCUGAGAUCCUAGUGGUGGUGGGAGGCUGUGACCAGGAUUGCGAUGAGCUGGUCACUGUGGACUGCUUCAACCCUCAGACUGGUCAGUGGAGGUACCUGGCAGAAUUUCCUGACCACCUUGGAGGAGGUUACAGCAUAGCGGCACUAGGAAAUGAUAUUUACGUCACAGGUGGCUCUGAUGGGUCCAGGCUCUAUGAUUGCGUGUGGCGCUACAACUCCAGCGUGAACGAGUGGACAGAGGUGUCGCCCAUGCUGAAGGCCCGCGAGUACCACAGCUCCUGCGUGCUGAAAGGCCAGCUAUACAUGGUGGCCUCGGAGAGUACGGAGAGGUAUGACCAUACUCUGGACUGCUGGGAGGCCCUGCCGCCCAUGCUGCACCCCAUGGAUAACUGCUCCACAACAGCAUGCGGCGGGCGCCUCUACGCCAUUGGCUCCCUGACUGCAGAAGACACUAUGGCCAUACAGUGCUAUGACAGCGACUCCAACCGCUGGACCCUGCUCAAUUGUGGUCAGCUGCCUCCAUGGUCCUUUGCACCCAAAUCGGUGACUCUCAAUGGACUAAUCUACUUUGUAAGGGAUGACUCAGCAGAAGUUGAUGUCUACAAUCCACAGAAGAAUGAAUGGGACAAGAUUAAUCCAAUGAACCAAGUCCAUGUUGGAGGCAGCGUGGCAGCUUUAGGAGGCCGUCUCUACGUGUCUGGUGGCUAUGAUAAUACCUUUGAGCUGUCCGAUGUGGUGGAGGCCUACGACCCCUCCACUCGCUCAUGGAGCAUGGCUGGCCGCUUGCCGCAGCCCACCUUCUGGCACGGCAGCGUCAGCAUAUUUCGCCAGUUCAUGCCGCUCGUGCCCAGCACCUUCGAGCCCAUUGAUAUGCCAGACGCCAACGACAUUCACCUGAACCGGCACCAUCGCCACCAAGCCCUUCACAACCUUAACAACGAGCUCAACCAGAACCACCAGAACCGCGAGGUGAACGCAGCACGCUGACUGGUUAUACCAGUGCUCCGAGGGGUGCCCCGCUGAAUGUGACAUUGCAAUGUUAGAUACAUUAGGCACUUUAACACACAUUCACCUCAACUGGACAGCGAGUGGAGAAGGUGAACAGACACUUCUUCUUGUGUUUGCUUCAUUUGCCUCUGUAAAUUAGCGCUACCACAGCCGUAUGUGUUUGCAUGCAGUUCUAACGCUGGCUGUGAAGGACUCUGAAGGAGAGGAGUGGAUUGGGACCGCCUAAAGUGGCUCAUUAUGAAAUAGUGCCUAGUACGUCAUGCCUUGGAAACUGAAUGGAGAUAAGGCUGAAGAAAUACUGUUGUUUAGUUGCUAGGCUGCUAAAAGUGGUUCAUAGCAAUUUAUCAUCCACUAGGGCUGUUACAGUCGGUUGUAUUGGUAAUCAGCUAUUUUGAUGAUUAAUUGAAUAGAGUCUCAAUAAAAAAGACAGAACAAAAAAACUAAUAACAGCAAAUCAUGUGUAGCCUUUCACAGAUUUCAGAGUACUUUAAAAAAAAAAGUACUGUGCAGCAGUCAGAGAUCACCUUUCAUUUGUUUAAAUUCCAGCCAAAACAGCCAAUAAGGACAUGUUCUGUACUCUUUACGAGAUUUCUGAGACUUGAUAGAAGACAAUGCACCUGCAUAAGUAAGGGGGAAGGGAAAGGAAAAAAACACGAGUUUCCAAAACUGGAGUUGAAACAUUAAUAAAAUAUACGAAAG